AUGCACAACUUUCCGAUAGAAUUUUCCCUCAAUGAUACUCCAAUAAAGCAAAUAUCCACAGCUACAACAACAGUACGUUGUCAAAGAAAUUCUUCUUGUAUUACAACUGGUUUGGUUAAAUGUAAUAAUAAUCAAAAUAAUGUUGUAGGUGAAUGUGAGAGGAAUCGACAGGCUCCUACUUUGCUUUUACAAGAGUAUCAGGUAGAGGAGGAUGGGAAAUAUAAUGAUGUGAAAAACAAUGAUGUAAAAGGUUUAAUACAACAAUUACUCGGUGAAUUACAACAGACUAAAGCAUUGGUCGUUGAGCUCGAAUCCAGAUUGGAAUUGACCGAACAAACCAGUCAAGAAAUUGUCGAAGAAUUAAAAAAUUUAUUAUCAGAAAAUGAGUCAGUUAGUCACACAACAGCUGUUGAUGAUGAUCAAGAAUUGGAGAAUGAUGAAAACAUGAAGAUUGAUGAUCUAGAUAAAGUUGAAUUCUAUCAUCCUUCAUCUUUGAUUGAUCAAACCCAUAAAGAAGAAACCAUUAUUAUCAUGAGUAAUGAACGAGAGAUCGCCUCUCCAAAAUUAUCAUCACCACAUAAUGAAUCAACUGUUGCAUCAACUUCACCAUCUGAAUUAUCAACGCUACAACAUGCUGAUGACACGGAUGAAUCAAUCGAUAGAAUAUGUACGCAAAGUUGGAGCUCCAAUGUAGGCAGUUGGAUAAUCAAUCAUUAUAAUCCUUCUCCAGUAGUAUGUGAAUGCGGACUAUGUUGGUUAUGUUUAGAAUCAAGUGGUAGCAGUUUAUCUUCCACGAUAACCACUGCAAGAACAACUCCAAAAUCUUCAAGAGCAAAUUCAAUUUCUUUAGCCCGAAAUUUAUCUUUUUCUUUGAAACCUCAACAAGAAUCGGAUAAAAGACAAGUUCAAUUGGCAAGGAUAAAGAAACAAUAUCGUAAGAAAUUAGAAGGAAGGUUUGAUUAUAGAAAGAGUUGUGAAGAUUUGGAAAUGGAAUUGCAAAAAUUAAUUACAACAGCCAUUUCGACAGGUGUAGAACAUGGUUUAAUGAAUUCUCCUGUCUAUCAACAAUUCCACGAUGGUGAAGGUGCUCAACGAUAUGAAUCAAAUCCUUUUGAAAUUUUUGGUAAACAUGAACAAUUUAGGGAAUUGGAGAAGGACGUUUUAAAUAAUGAUAAUGGUAAUGUGGAUCAUGAAAAAAAAUCCUCGAAAUGGAGAAGACGUAUUUGGAAUUGUUUACAAAAUAUCGGUGUAAAUUUCGUUAACGAUAAAGAUAACACUCAAGCUAACAUUUACAAGGAUAAUGUUGAGGAAGAAGAUGAAGAUAAUGAAAAUAAUGGUUAUAGUUCGUAUAGUUCAUAUAAUUCUUCAUGGAAUCCAUCUUCGCGUGAUUAUCGAGAAAACUCUAACGAGGAGGGAGAAGAUUCAUCAAAUCCAUUUCCAUCAUCUUUUAUUAAUACUUUAAACUUUGGACAAAACAUUUUUAAUUUUAAUGUAAAUUUAGUUCAUUCAACAACAAAUAAUUACAACAAAAAAAGGACAAAUAAUUAUUUCAAUGAUAUUGAUAAUAGUAGUCAUUCCACUUCCCUCCGAACGCUAGCCUUAAAAAGCAUGAAUUUUCUUGCAAUGAUUGGAUUUAUGUUCUCGAUGUCACAAGCAAUUGGUUCAAAUUCCCCAGCAUCAUCAGCGAUAAUGAACAUUGCGGCUAGAAAUAUUAGAAGUAGAGCAGGAGGAAGGCGAAGUGGGAAUAAUCCAUUAAUAAUGAUUAAAGUUAUUAAAUAUAUUGCCGUUUUAUUUGUCGGAUGGGCUGCUGGCCGUUCCGGAAAAAGACAGAGACAAAGACAAAAAGAAUCAUUUAAUGAGAGUAUUAAAGUUACAGAACUCUGA